CACGAUAGUAGCUUUGGUACUAAUAAAGAAAUUGUAAUGAAUGCUAAUUUUUGGAAAAUAAAUUUUAGUAUUUUGAAUAAUUACUAAUCGAUUCUCAAAUCUAUAAAUAUAGCCAUUUGGAUAGAAUUCUUAAUGAUCUCUCAUCUUAGGUCUUUUAAAAGGCACUUGCAAUGGGGGUGGGAUGCGUCCGGUGCAGCGGGGUGCGCCAGAUGCCGUGAUUGGGAAGAUGCGUGGGGCCUCGGCAUAGAGACAACGACAAAGUCUAUUGUAGACGGCCGGUCUUUUAAAAGGCACUUGCAAUGGGGGUGGGAUGCGUCCAGCGCAGCGGGGUGCGGCAGAUGCCGUGAUUGGGAAGAUGCGUGGGGCCUCGGCAUAGAGACAACGACAGAGUCCAUUGUAGACGGCCGGUUUAGUGCAAUCCGAGAAACGGUGAAGAAAGCAAAAGCAGAAGCUAAGCGAGCUAUGGAGGGUGAGGAGACAAAGCAGAGGAUGACUAAGAUAUGGGACGGAAUGACCAGGGCCGGAGUGGUCACCGGAGCCGCCGAUUUCGCGGCUCACUUCGGUGGCUUCCUCUCUUCCUUGUAUCAAAAGGGGCCCAAGACAACACUUCAGAAUCUCAAGUCGAAAUACACCCUUGCCCCCCCUGAUUCUCAAAAGCUGGAUGAGAUCCUCAAAGCCAGCGACCGGAUUGAGGAAAAUAUAGACUUGGUGCUGCAAGAAAUCCGAUCCAUCAGAGGCGGCGGCGGCAGCAUCGGCGGCAGCGGCGGCGGAGCCAGAGGAAAUGUCAAUGGUGGCGGAAGCGGGCAAAAUGGAGCCGGAGCUCCGAACGCCGGCGGCAGCGAAGCCCCGAAAGGCGGCGGCGGCGGCGGAGCUCCGAACGGAGGCGGCGGAGCCCCGAACGGCGGAGGAGGUGGAGGCCAGAAAGCCGGAGGAGAUGGUGCCCAAAACGGAGGCGGCGGAAAAAGCCAGAAUGGCGGCGGCGGAGGCAAGAAUGGUGGCGGCGGAGGCCAGAAUGGCGGCGGCGGCGGCGGAGGCCAGAAUGGCGGCGGCGGAGGUGCACAGAAUGGUGGGGGCGGCGGAGAUGGGGACAUCGACGCUCUGAUCGAAACUUUGAUGGACCUGGUGAAAUGAGGUGAGCUGGCUCAGCCGCUGGCUUACUAUCCUCAGGAGGCUCCGAUGAGGCGAUGAAGAAGAUUAUGAGUAAUUGGUUUUUUUUUUUUAAAGAAAAACUCCAAAUGUUU